AAGGUUCGUUCCCACUGGAUAUCGACUCUGUGAAGAAGGACCACAGUUUUCUGGAUGAGGACUCUCUGGGGGCCCUGUGCAGGAGGCUGAUGACCUUGAACAAUUAUGCCUCGAUGAAACUGGACGUUCACUUUCAGUGCAAGCAGAAUGAAGACUCAGAAGAAGAAGAGCACUGUACCAUCAGCAGCCGCUGGGCCUUCCAGCAGGAAAGCAAGCGCUGCUCUCUUGUGGGACCCUCUCACCUUCUGGCCCCACCAAACCCUGGCCUGCCAGUGACCUCAAGCUGUGAGAGUGUCCUCACUGAGCUUAGUGCCAUAUCCCUGCCAGCCAUCACUGCGAGCCUGCCACCUGAGCCAGUGGACCUACCCUUGCUAGACUGUACCCCAAGUCAAAGUGACCAGCCCUUUCUCAGCCCCACCCAGGAUCAGGAAGGUCCUCAGAACAAAGCCAAGAAGCACAGUUCCAGUUGCUUCUUCAAGCACCUCGAGUCUCUAAGGAAGAAGGAAAAGGGUGGCAGCUGGCAAGCAGAGCCCAAGCGUAACCCAGCCACCUCGAAGAAGCCUACCAAAGCCUCAUCUUUCCAUAGUUGCCAUGGCUUUCUCUCAACUGGAUUCUACAGGGCCAAAAACCAGACAGCCACCUCAGCCUUUGGUGGUAGCUCUGAGACUCAGAGGGCCUGGCCUGUGACCACAUUCCAGCAUCUUCAGCAGGUACAUCGGAGUGACUGCUUGGUGCAUGUGCCUGGGGACCACAAACCAGGCACAUUCCCUCGCUCCCUGUCCAUUGAGACCCUGUGUCCUGAAGAUGAAUACCACCUGGCAGAUUGGCAGCCAGGUAGGCACUGGGGCUACAAAGGGCGCCGGGGCUCCUGUGGCUCAACAGGCAGCCAUGCCAGCGCCUAUGACAACUUGCCAGAGCUGUACCGAGCUGAGUCUAUACUGGUUGGGGCUGAGGCUGAAGAUGAAGAGGAAAAUGAGGGCAGCUAUGCCCACCUAGAUGAUAUCCUCCAGCAUGUAUGGGGGCUGCAGCAGCAGGUAGAUCUCUGGUCUCAGGCCAUGUGCUUGGACCUGGGUCCUGGCAAGAAGGAAGAGGAAGAAGAUGAGGAAGAAGAGGAGGAGGCCAUUUCAUCAGUGGAAAUAGCCACAGUUAAGGUUGAAGAUCAGGGUGAAGCUCUGGCCCAGGCAGAGGCUCCAGCUCACAGGGACUUCCCAGCCCAGGUCCAGUCCGACAUCCAGACAAUAGUCCCAGCUCAUGGUCAGGCCUCAGCCUUGGCUGAGACCCUGGCACAGGCAGUGGCCAAGGCCCAGACCCCAGCCCAGGACAAUGAGCAGGAGAUAAAUUCAGGCAAGGAACCCACCUCGGCUUCUAGCCUGUCUGUGAAAGAAGGACACUCCGUUUCUGAUACUGUGGCCUCCUCCAGUGAACUUAAGAGUAUCGAGAACUCCAUGAAUGAGGCUGAGGCAGCAGAGUCCACGGCUGGGCUCCAGGCAUCAGAGCCCCGUGAACGGCGUGAUUCAGGAGUUGGGGCCUCACUUACCAGACCCUGCAGGAAGCUUCGUUGGCACAGCUUCCAGAACUCCCACCGUCCCAGCCUUAACUCGGAGUCACUGGAGAUCAACCGCCAGUUUGCAGGCCAAAUCAACCUCCUGCACAAGGGCUCACUGCUGCGGCUCACUGCCUUCAUGGAGAAGUACACUGUGCCCCACAAGCAGGGCUGGGUCUGGUCAAUGCCCAAGUUCAUGAAAAGGAGCAAGACCCCAGACUAUCGGGGCCAGCAUGUGUUUGGAGUGCCACCCCUUGUCCACAUGCAGCGCACAGGUCAGCCAUUGCCACAGAGCAUUCAACAAGCCAUGCGCUACUUGCGCAGUAAGUGCCUGGACCAGGUGGGCAUCUUCCGCAAGUCUGGGGUGAAGUCCAGGAUCCAGAACCUGCGUCAAAUGAAUGAGACCUCCCCGGACAAUGUCUGCUAUGAGGGUCAGUCGGCCUAUGAUGUAGCUGACCUGCUGAAGCAGUAUUUCCGGGACCUGCCUGAGCCCAUCUUCACUAGCAAGCUCACAACCACUUUCCUGCAGAUCUACCAAAUCCUCCCCAAGGAUCAAUGGCUGGCAGCAGCACAAGCUGCCACCUUGCUGCUGCCUGAUGAGAACCGAGAGGUGCUACAGACCCUGCUCUACUUCCUGAGUGACAUUGCCUUGGCAGAGGAAAACCAAAUGACGGCCGGCAACCUGGCAGUGUGCCUGGCACCCUCCAUCUUCCACCUCAAUGUCUCCAAGAAGGAUAGCACCUCGCCCAGGAUCAAAAGCAAACGCAGGCUCGUUGGCCGGCCAGGCCCUAGGGACCUGAGUGAGAAUAUGGCUGCCACCCAGGGCCUAUCACACAUGAUCAGUGACUGCAAGAAACUUUUCCAGGUGCCCCAAGACAUGGUGUUGCAGCUGUGUGGCUCCUACUCUGCAGCUGAGCUCAGCCCUCCUGGACCAGCCCUGGCUGAGCUGCAGCGGGCUCAAGCCUCUGGAUUGAGCCUGAGUCUCUACAUGGAGGAGAGUGUUCAGGAGCUGCUGCGUGAUGCUGCUGAACGCUUCAAGGGCUGGAUGAAUGUGCCAGGGCCCCAGCACACCGAGCUGGCUUGCAGGAAGGCACCAGACGGACACCCCCUUCGUAUGUGGAAGGCGUCCACAGAGGUGGCGGCCCCUCCAGCUGUGGUGCUACAUCGUGUUCUAAGGGAGCGGGCCCUUUGGGACGAGGACCUGCUGCGGGCCCAGGUUCUGGAAACCCUGAUGCCGGGUGUGGAGCUGUACCACUACGUCACUGAUAGCAUGGCACCCCACCCCUGCCGUGACUUUGUGGUAGUCCGGAUGUGGCGCUCAGACCUGCCUCGUGGAGGUUGUCUGCUUAUCUCCCAGUCGCUGGAUCCUGAGCAGCCUGUACCAGAAUCAGGGGUGCGGGCCCUGAUGCUCACUUCGCAGUACCUCAUGGAGCCUUGCGGCCUGGGCCACUCUCGGCUCACUCACGUCUGCCGUGCUGACCUCAGGGGCCGUUCUCCUGACUGGUACAACAAAGUCUUUGGGCACCUGUGUGCCAUGGAAGUGGCAAAGAUCCGGGACUCCUUCCCUACCCUGCAGGCAGGUGGCCCUGAGACAAAGCUGUGAGCCCCAGGCUGGUCCCAGGGUGGCACCACCCAGGCCCCCUGGCACCAAAGGAGUAAGGAGAGAAUAAGAGCAGGACAGGCCCCUGGGUGCUGUUGCCAGCGGCGGAGCCAGGUCCAGCUUUGGCUCCAGCUGCCUGUCACCUUUACUUCCUAAAGCUCCUCUGCACAUACAAGGGAGAAGAGAACUUGGGUGUCCUAUUUCCACUCCACGUUCACCCCAACUCCCUGUGUUCUACCCUUCCAAGAGAGGGGAAUCGUUUUAGUAGCCAGAAAACUGCUGCCUUCUACCUGCCCAUAAAGCCACCACUCAAUCUGAAGAGUUAGCAUCUCCCCCAACUACAGGGGGAAGGCGGUAAAAAGCAAUGUGUGGUCCCAGCUCUCUGCUAGACUAGAGGCUAAACCAUCCUGUUGGGGUGCCAGGGUGCCUUUGAGGUUAGACAGAAGGUUCUGGUCCUGCCUUUAAGCCGAACAUUGACCCCGAACUUGUUUUCUAGAGAAAUUGGACUUGAGCAAAUGGGCACAGGGGCAGCCUCAACCACCAUGAGCUAUUUUAUUUGUGCAAAUACGAUGCUGAUUGUUAUGAGGCUGAUUUAAAGAGUGGGUACUGAUGGGCUCCUAGUAGGCAAUAUGAUGAUUUGGGAUAGCUUGGGAUGUGAGAGGGGAAGAAGGACUUUCCUUCCUCAGGUCUCAUGAGACCAAUGAACCAGCCUCCCUGCUUGGGCCCCACAAUUUAUCUGCCACUCCCUAAGGUCCUGGCUAGCCUUUGGCCACACACUGCAAGCUCAGAUGCUUGAGUGGGCUCAAAGGCAUGAGAGCUGCAUCACUACAGCCCAAGGUGCACACCUUCUGGCAGUCUCUCCCUCGUCAGUAGUCCUGCUGUGAGAGACCGUGGAGAGGGCUUGGUGGGCUGAAUGGACAGGCUUCCACAGCCUGAGACUGCUCAGCCCCUGGGCCAACUUCCCAAAACCCAAACGUCAAUCUGGGGACAGCACAGUCCUAGCAAAAACAAAUAGUGGCAAAAGCAGAUACAGGCAAGGAAACAAGUGUCUGUGUUCAUGUCCUUUUUCCUCUUCUUUCUGUUGGCUGUAGCAUGCUAACAGCCCCUGUCUUCUCAAGCAGAGGCCUGGCCUCCUGGCCAGACAGCCAGCUAGACAGAUGGAAGGGCCUAGUAUCAUCUUAAGCAGCUGGCACUUGCUCCAAACCUGAUCUGUUCCACCCACUCAUCUUCAGUCUUGGUUCAUAUGGAAAUUCAAAUGCCAUUCAAACACCAACUGGUGCUUAUUUUUCUUUCAGCUGAGUAAACUGGAGUGGGAUGGGUCCUAGACUCCCUUCUAAUUCUAAAUUUUAAGCCUGUCUAUUUGUAUCUAUAAAUACUGUACAGUCAAAAUAUACUAUCAUGAGUGUAUUAUAACUUCUGGUGGGGUCAGGGCUCUGGAAAGCCUGGGUAGGGGGUGGUGCAGUGUACUUAG